AUGUUACAAUAUUAUUGGUCACGAGGCCUUUCUCGUUUUUCAUGCGUACAUGCUCAUUUAUCUUGAAAACCUUUGUUGUUGUUGUUCAAACUUGGUUGAAGCUGUUGAAGACCUCGGUCAGUCUUCACUUAAACAUAUUUUGGACAACUUUGUGUGGAUAAUUGCAAUUGUCUCUCUUCCUGGACGAAUUUUAGCUGCUUUACGAAGGGGAAGGCAGUUGCAACAAUUUUUUCAAUUUCUGGAAAUCGAGUUUGAUAAUGUUUUGCUGGAAAGAAAGGAGCUCCAAAAACAAUUCCAGGCUGCUUUGAAGGAGCAUAAGAUGAUGGAAUUGAUGUUGGACGAACUUGAAAUGAUACAUGAAAAGGCAACCAACAAGAUUGCACUCUUAGAAAGUGAGACCAAGAGCAUAAUGCUGUUGAGUGAAGGAAUAGCGUGAUAAGAGUUGUACAUAAAAGAAGGGAUAGAAGAUUUCUGAAGACAGAGCAAUUAAUUAGUAGAAGAAAAUGAAGAGAAAGGUUAGUGAAGGAAGAAAGAACACAAAGGUUAACUGGUUCUCCUAGGUUUAUUUUCUUUAUUGUUUUUCAAUCUAUGUGAAGAAUUUUACCAAAUGAACUCU